AGUUGAUUUGGUGUGUUAUUCACAAAUCAAAUAGUCUUGAAUUGUUUACUUUGCUUGGCAUUGUUUGGGUCACCGUGUCACAAAAUUCACAAUGGACCAGUCUGGAGGGAACCACCCUGCAUGUAGUUUGGACGAUACAACGGCUAUGACGAGUUCGUAUCAUGAGAUUAACGUGUCUGAGCGAGGGGAGGAGGAAACUGACCAUGAGAUGACUCUGCCCGUGAAGCGUCUUCUGAACAAGGCGAGGAAUUGGGUGGGCGACCUCAGUAUGGACGGCGUCGUGACUCAGGAAGGGCAACAGGUCACAUAUGUUGCCCAAGAUCUCACAGAGAGGAUGAAAAUCUCCACCAGUCCAAACCAGAGGAAUAUUGUAACGUCAAGAAAUUCGUCCGUUCAAGAACAUGGUCAUUUAGAUGAUAUUUGUGUCUCUGAUCUGAAUCUGAUGGUUAAUGAGAUGGAGAUGGAAGCCAAAAAGUUGGCUCAAUCCGUUGAUACGUUAACUGAAAAUUUGACGGGAAUUUUACAUUCGUUGUCCUCCAUGACUGUAGACUGCGUUUUUACAGCAAGUGAUGGAGUAAGUCAGUUGUGUGACACAGCAGACGCCUCAAUAAAAGUAAUGUAUCAAGUUAUGGCUAAAUGUGAAGAGUUAAACAAAGCUGUACAGCCUUUGUACCAAGUAAAUCAACAAAUAAAAGAAACAAAACGGUUACUGGAUAAAGUGGAAGCCGAAAUGAAUUAAUAGUUGCUAACAUUGAAUGCACAUUAAAAUGUGAUUUAUAUUUAUAAAUUGAUCUCAAUUCCCUUGUGAUGUACUUGUCGGUCGUGCUUAGUUUGCGACAAAUUUCGUGCAUAAACUCCCUUAAUUGAAUGUAUAA